AUGAACUUGCUGAUGGAUAACGGCAAGAAACGUCCCACCAAGGGCCGCUCCACCUUCGAGGUGACCAAAGGCAAAGCCGAGAAGACAAAAGUCAAGAAGACAAUUAGUAAGAAGAAGAAGCAGGUAUCGAAGGCCAAGGUUAAUACCAGAAGCAAAGACCUGGAGAGCACCCCAAAGGUUGCAGAGGCAACCAAAACCAGUGGAGGAACAAACCCUGACUUGAUGGACACGAUGCCAAUGACAGACUCUCAGAUCCAAGGGAUGUGGGACGACUCCCAGCCCCAGUCUCAUGAGUUUGCGCAUGGUUUGCCCGACGCUCCUGAUGAGGUGUUAGCCACGCAGCGCUCAGCUACAGAUGAUGGGGGGGAAGGGACAAGGGAAGGAGCGGAAGAGGAGGCCAAGACUGAUGAUGAAAUUGUGGAACCACCCCCCGUACCCCACCCCAUGCCUGAAGUGAAACCAGGCGCAUCAGUAGAUACCAUGGCGGGUGUUGAUGAUCACGGGAACAAGACACACAAAAAGGCUGAUGAGGCGCCAGAUGCCCCCGCUGACAUGUCACCUGGUGCUAUAGCUAUUGACAGUGAUGACGAACCGGCCCAUGGACCAAAAGAAGUCGCGUCAUCCUCAACAACGAAGGGUGGACAAAAGGACAGACAGCCACUAGCGCCUCUUCAAGACCCACCAGAUGAUGAGAUGCGCAUGAUGAUUGAACAAGCCAUCGAAGACAUCAACAGUUGUGUAGAUGGUCACGAUACAAGCACGGUCUUGGGGACCAAUCUUCUUGAGGCCAUGGUACAUGCUCAGCGCAAAUUGCGCGCGGCUCUGAAGGUGAAGUUCGGGAAGGCUGACGCCAAGGAACAUGAGGAGGAUUCAGAUAGAGAGUACAAAGAUGAAGAUGAGGAUGAAGAAAAGAGAAGGGGGCGAGGUCGAGGUCAAGGGCGUGGGCGUGGGAGGGGAGGUAGGGCAGGUGAAGCCAAGCAGAAGAAAGAGACCACUGAACCUGCAGCCACCCCUCCACCCGAACCCAAGAGGCAGAAGAAAGAGACCCCAGAAUCUGCAGCCGCCCCCCCUCCACCUGCAAAGGUUACAGAAGGUGAAACUUUGGAGACAAUGGCCAAGGAUGCAGAGGACAAGGUUUUAGAAGAUAUGGAGAAUGCUAGGAAUGCAAAGGUUUACAGACAGGAUGAUGGUGAUGAAGAUGAAGGCGGCGAUGAGCAUCAAAAGAAACCCGCGAGAAGGCAGACUGCUUGCAAAGCAACACCUAAAAAGAAGAGGAAGAAGGCAGUUACCCCCAAAAAAAAGAGAGCAGCAGAGACACCGAAAAAGGGAAAGGGUGAGGCAGGAGAGGGUGAGGCUGAGGAUUUGGGACCGUUGACUCCGAGAACAAAGAAAAGAAAGACAAUGCAUAAAUUUAAGGAACAGAACAUCGCCGAGCUGAUCCAGUGGCAUGCCCACCUUCGCUACAUGGAACUGCCGGAGGAUUGGCAAAACAAGAAGUGA